AUGUUUACAACUCUGGGUUUAUUCGGCGGUGUUCCAUGCCCGCAGGGCACGCAGUGCUUCCUUAUAACCUGUCUAUUCUCGCAUGAGACCCAAGCUUCCAGUCUGUCUGCGGCUGAGAGUACUUUCAAUUCAGUCGACAGCGAGCAUAUUUCCAAAAGGCGUAAGGUUGAAAGCGCCACACAAUCAUCAGAAUCAAAAUCAAUACCUUCUACUCAUGUUCCGGUUCAAAAACUUUCAACACACCCACCAGUGACCGCGACUGGGUUGAAGCAGCAAUCACAAAGCGCCAGCUCGGGCGUUUCAAAGUUGUCAUCGGUUUCUCGAAAAGUCUCUCCUCCACCAAGGCGUGCAGAGUCUAAGACUACGAGCCAAAGGACUGAGGGUCAGUCUGCGGCAAAUUCCUCAGAGCGUGCAUCUUCACAGCUUCCUCCUCGGAAGGUGCCAAAAGAAAGUCUCAAUCCUCGAAUGCUUCCCAAGGCUCCAGCCAAUCAUGCCGUCCGGACGGCUAUCCUGACCAAGCUCCAUUCCGGCAUGUCGGCACUCAAUGAGAAACUUGCCAAGGACAAGGAGCCUUCAAACAAAUGUUUUGUCCUCAACAAAGAUGAGCUUGUGACAAUGGCCCUGGAUGAGGAGGAAAAGGUAGCCAGGGAGAAUCCUGGGGUUUACUCAAAUGUCAUCAAGCUUCGGAUAGUAAAAUUGACGAAGAUGACUAUGGAAGAAUGGACAAAAGAGGUGAUGGCUCAUCUCAACUCCCGGUACUAUAAAAUCCAGCCAGUCCAACAAAAUACGCAAAAGCCAUCAAGGCCUAUCAACACAGGUCUAUCUUCGAAGGAAGAGACUGCGCUUGCGAUGGCAUUAGUCACACCAGUGACUGGCCUUGAAGAAUUUGGUUAUGUCACCAAAGCACCUACUGCGGCAGAAAUCGAAACUGCGAAGAAAGGGACCAUCGAGUCUAAGGGCUGGGAAAAGUGUGAUCGGUGUGGUGGACGUUUCCAGGUCUUCCCUGGACGCCGUGAGGAUGGAGCAUUAGCCAGCGGCGGUCAAUGUACCUAUCACCCAAGCCGACCCAUGUAUCCGCCGCGCAAGAAAACGGACAAUGUUACCGGCGCCCAAGAAGCUUACUUUCCAUGCUGCACUGAACCUAUGGGCGCUUCUUCAGGUUGCACGAAAGCCAAAACCCACGUGUUCAAAGUGUCAGAGGUAAAGCGCCUUGCAUCGAUCCUCCAGUUCGAAGAAACCCCAGCACAGCCCGAUAAGGGAGCUCUAGACCCGAUUUCUUUUGACUGCGAAAUGGGUUACACAACUCUGGGCAUGGAGCUCAUUCGUCUGACGGCUGUCAGCUGGCCGGAGGGUCGUGAUGUUUUGGAUGUUUUGGUCAAGCCUAUGGGCGAAGUGCUGGACCUCAACUCACGAUAUUCGGGUGUUUUCCCUGAACACUAUGCAACUGCCAUUCCUUAUGGCACCUCGACUGCCGUUCAAGAGAAUAACGACAAAGGCACCAAUCCCUUGCAGGUUGUCGAUUCUCCUGCUGCGGCGCGAUCCCUUCUUUUCAACUUCCUUCAACCUGAUACACCCUUGAUCGGCCAUGCAAUUGAUAAUGAUCUAAACGUUUGCCGAAUCAUUCAUCCCGUUAUCAUUGAUACUGUGCUUCUGUACCCACACCCAAGAGGUCGUCUACCCAAUCGUAUGAGUCUUAAAGCCCUGGCACAAAGGCAUCUCGACCGUGACAUUCAAAUGGGAGGAGAUAAGGGUCACGACUCCAAGGAAGAUUCGAUUGCUACGGGUGACUUGGUGCGGGUGAAGGCAGGUGUGAUAUGGAAGCGAUUAGAGGCGAAAGGGUGGAAAUUUCAGAAUGGCAGCUUGAUUGCACCUCCUGGUCAAGACGUCCAGAACAUGAGAGAGGCUGCACGGGGAACUGGCGUCCCCCAGAAUAGGAAUUCAAGCAUCACAUAG